GGGCACUGGGGCAGGAUGGGAGUGCGGGAGGGGGGGGCUGCGGCGGCCGGUCCCGGUCUUGGCUCCGCCCACCCCGGGGGCCACGCCCACGGCCACGCCCUGCGCCGGGGCUGCUGCGGGGACCGGCACCGCAACCCCCCCGCCCAGGGAACCCCCCCAGCACCGGGACCCCCGGGCACCGGUCCCGCCAGCAUGGCCGACUACCUGAUCAGCGGGGACACCGGCUACGUCCCCGAGGACGGACUGACGGCCCAGCAGCUCUUCGCCUCCUCCGCCGGCCUCUCCUACAAUGAUUUCCUCAUCCUGCCCGGCUUCAUCGACUUCACCGCGGACGAGGUGGACCUGACCUCGGCGCUGACCCGAACCAUCACCCUCAACACCCCCCUGGUCUCGGCCCCCCUGGACACCGUCACCGAGGCCGACAUGGCCAUCGCCAUGGCCCUGAUGGGCGGCAUCGGCAUCAUCCACCACAACUGCACCCCCGAGUUCCAGGCCAACGAGGUGCGCAAGGUGAAGCGCUUCGAGCAGGGCUUCAUCACCGAGCCGCUGGUCAUGAGCCCCGCGCAGACCGUGGGCGACGUGCGCGACGCCAAGCGGCGCCUCGGCUUCUCGGGCAUCCCGCUCACCCGCACCGGGCGCCUGGGCGGCAAGCUGGAGGGCAUCGUCACCUCCCGCGACAUCGACUUCCUGGGGCACGGCGACCACGACACCGCCCUGGGGGAGGUGAUGACCAAACGCAACGAGCUGGUGGUGGCACCGGCCGGUGUCACCCUCAAAGAGGCCAACGAGAUCCUGCAGCGCAGCAAGAAGGGGAAGCUGCUGAUCGCGAACGCGUGUGACGAGCUGUUGGCCAUCGUGGUGCACAUGAAUGAGGGGUCACCUCCAUGUCCCCAUCCCUGUUGUCACCUCUGUGUCCCAGGGAAGCUGCCGAUCGUGAACGCGCGUGACGAGCUGGUGGCCAUCAUGGCGCGCACGGACCUGCGCAAGAACCGGGAGCACCCGGGGGCGUCCAAGGACGCGCGGAAGCAGCUGCUGUGCGGGGCGGCGCUGGGGACGCGCCAGGACGACCGGUACCGGCUGGACCUGCUGGCGCAGGCGCGCGUCGACCUGGUGGUGCUGGACUGCUCGCAGGGGAACUCCACGUACCAGGUGUCCAUGAUCCACUACAUCAAGCAGCGGUACCCGGCGCUGCAGGUCAUCGGCGGCAGCGUGGUGACGGCCGCCCAGGCCAAGAACCUGAUCGACGCCGGAGCCGACGCCCUGCGGGUGGGCAUGGGGGGGGGCGCACACGAAGCGCUGUCCAGCGGGCGGCCGCAGGGCACGGCCGUGUACAAGGUGGCCGAGUACGCGCGGCGGUUCGGGGUCCCGGUGAUCGCGGACGGCGGGAUCCGCACCGUGGGACACGUGGUGAAGGCGCUGGCGCUGGGGGCGUCCACCGUGAUGCUGGGGUCCCUGGGAGGGUGUUCUCACGGGUGCCCCCCCGCAGUGAUGCUGGGGUCCCUGCUGGCCGCCACCUCAGAAGCACCGGGGGGGGGCCUCUUCUUCCCGGAGCGGGGGCGACUGUCCCAGCGUGGGGGGGUCCCAGCCCCCCUGGACCCCCCGGAGAGGAGCAACAGCAGCACCCCCCAAAAACGCUACCUCAGUGAAGGUGACAAGGUGAAGGUGAGUGCGGGGGGGUCGGGCUCCGUGCACCAGUUUGUCCCGUACCUGCUGGCCGGGAUCCAGCACAGCUGCCAGGACAUGGGCGCCAGGAGCCUCUCGGUGCUGCGGGCCAUGAUGUACUCGGGGGAGCUGAAGUUUGAGAGGAGGACGAUGGCGGCGCAGAUCGAGGGGGGGGUCCACGGGCUGCACUCGUACGAGAAGCAGCUGUACUGAGGAGGGUGCCCCCCCGGCCUCCCCCCUCGCUGCUAGUGCUGCCCCGGGGCUGGCUUUGCACUACGGGCUGGACCCCCCUGGCCAGCCCCCCCCGGCACCCCGCGGCCAUGGGGACCCCCCACCCGCCUCCCCCGGCACCCAGGGGCUUUUGGGGGGACCCCAGGGUGCUGCACCCCGUAGGAUGUAACACCUGCUGCUUGCAACCCCCGAACCCCACUUUGCCCCAGCUGGGGGGGGUGGGGGGACCCCCUGUUGAGGGGGGGAGCUGCUGCUGUCCCCCAGCCCCCCCUGCACACAGGGGACCCCCCAUCCCCGUGACCCCCCUGUGUGGGGGGCACCGCGCUGUAUCCAGGUGUUAAUAAAGAGUUGGAGCAUCCA